UGCUUGCCAGGGGCAGUGCGGGCGGUGGUGGCCAAGCGAAGUCGUUCGGUGAGUUUAUUGAUUUCUCGGGACUAAUAUGUCGAUACUGCACUAAUCCAAGCAGAUGAAAAGCGAAUGUUAAACUGAAGAUGUCCUCCAUUCAUUUGCCACGAGUCGCCAGCCAGAAAGGAAGCCUCUGGAUGUAGAAAGAGAAAAUUUUGAGAAACGACAGGCAGUUGCCAUCAACAAAGCCAUCAACAAUCACGAGACACCUGUGAAAGAGAAACAUGUCCGCAAUGCCAUUCUUGGCACAUUCCAAGACAACGGAGGAGCAAUGUUCUGGAACAUUGCAUCCAAAAUGCCAGUACAAGCCAACCCAAUUGUGUGCUGGAAGUUUCUACAAGUUAUACAUAAACUAAUGAGAGAUGGUCAUCCAAAUGUUGUUCCCGACUCUUAUAAAUACUGCAGCCAGCUCCGAGACUUGGGAAAGUUAUGGGGUCACUUAAAAGAAGGUUAUGGAAAACUGAUUGCCUUGUACUGCACUCUUCUCAUCCAGAAACUAAACUUCCACAGAAAGUUUCCACGGAUACCAGGCAAUCUUAUGAUGACUGAUGAACAAUAUUACAAGAUAUGCGGGAACAAUGUAGACAACUAUUUUGAAUUCUCUAUAGAUAUGCUUGAUUAUAUGGAAGAGAUUCUUAACCUCCAGCAAUCAGUGUUUGGAUCGCUGGACAUGUCUCGAGCAAACUCCAUGACUAAUGCAGGGCAGUGUCGACUGGCACCACUCAUUUUGUGUAUUUUAGACUCGUGCCAACUUUACGACUAUUUGGUUCGAUCUCUCUUCAGCCUGCACUCUAUCAAUGGUCCCGGUCUUCCCCCAGACACACUCUCUGGACAUAGAGAACGCUUUCUGCAGUGCUACAGAAGGCUGAAGGAGUUCUAUCACAAGUGUGGCAAUUUGCAGUACUUUAAACACCUUGUUCAGGUGCCGUCCUUACCAGAUGAACCUCCCAACUUCUUGGUAGCAUCAGACUUCAGCAAGCAUGUAAAACCAGUCGCUGUGGUUCCAGAUCCUGAGCCCGAGAUGGAUGCCGACAAUGACUCUGUAGAUAACCUCAUAAACACAUCGUUACCCGAUGAAUCACAGUUUGAAGAAGCUUUCGGUGACAGCAGCGCUAUGGGUAGUUUUAACUUUAAUGGACGGCCUGAUGAGAGGGAUUUGUUAAUAGAAAGGCUACAGCAAGAAAUUCAGGAGCUGAAGUUUGAAUUAGAAAGAGUUAAAAUGGAGGAUCAGAGACAAAUAGAUGCUUUAAAUGGUGAAAUAAACAAGUUGAAAAAGAUUCUAUCAGAACUUCGUUUAUCAGCUGACAAAUCUCUCAAGGAAAAUGAAAUGCUGAAGAGAGAUUUAGAGAUUGCCAGAGCAGAAUCUGAAGCAGCAAGCAAAUUACCUGAAGCAGAAAAAAAUGCAAAGGCCAAUCAAGAAAAAUUUCAGAAAAUGAAGGAUAUUUAUGGCAAACUACGUGAAGAACAUGUACAGCUACUUCGAAAUCAUGCAGAAGUCAGUAAACAACUCGCAACGGAGAAAAAGAUUGUCGAAGAAAAAAAUCAAGUCAUCAAGGAAGUGGAGAGUGAGCGAAGGAGAGCAGAGGAGAACCAACGUGUGAUGCAGGAGAAUCUUCAGAAGUCAGCAGAUGAUAUUUCUGUGCAGCUAGCACAGGUUUCCAGUUCCAAAUCACAGCUAGAAGAGCAGAAGCAGGCUUCACAGAUGGAGGACUUUUUCACAGGAUGGCAGAGGAGUAAGGACUUGGAAAACCAGAUUCAGACACUGCGUGAUAUCCAGGCAGACUUAGAGAAGCAGCUGGAUCAGAUACGUACAGAAGCAGGGGACUUAAAAUCAAGCCUUGAAAACACACAGAGAGAGGCUGGAGAAGCAGAAGCUGAACGUGCAGCAGAAAUAUCAUGUUUGCAGGCCCAGCUUGAAAAAACUCAGAGGGACAAGCAGAAUCUGGAGGAAAGCCUCAGGAAAGAGUUGGCUGAAGUUCGAGAGCAGCUAGACAGGACACUCGUGGAGAAACAGAGUAUUGAGAAUGACCUUGCCAGUCAGCUAGACAGCCUGACAGAGCAGCUGGCAAAGCUGUCUGUAGACAAGGAGGAAUCGGAGAAACAUUUAAGCAACCAAAUUGAUGACCUGCAUAAAUCUCUCAUCGGUAGUGUUGUAGCAGAAGGCAGAGCUAUCAUAACAGAUGCCAUGGAUCAGAGUGAGAAUCCAGCACACAGUGAUGUUAAAUGCACAGCAGAGUUUUUGAUACAGAGGACAGCUCCAAUUUUGGAGAAACUGGAGAAGCUUAGAAAAGUUCAUAAUAUCUACAGUGCUGACAGAAAAGACUUGCAGGAAUUUGUAACCGCAAUCAGUGACUUAUCACAUCACAUGGCUGACUCCUUGCUCCAUGGCUUUGCUACUGCCCAUGCAGCUCAGAUAGAACCAGGAGAGGAGCUGACCAAUGCCUGUAAAGAUGCUGGAGGUUUUGCCUUGUCUUUGCUGAACUCCCUCGAGAACAACAUGGCAGCUGUUCCAGAUGAGAUUAAUUCAACAAAACAGAAGGUGCAACAUGUUCUUCAGCUGGCUGAAGCACUUGUACCAAAGAUGGAGGAUGUGAAGGUCAAAGAGAUUGGAGACCUUGUCGAAAAUGAGAUGCAGUCUACAACAGCAGCCAUUGAAGCUGCUGCUCAAAAAAUGCAGCAAAUGCUUCAGAAAACUAGAGAAGAUACUACAGGCAUUAAUUUGGAGGUCAACGAACGAAUUUUAGAUUCUUGCACAGAGCUUAUGAAGGCUAUCAAAGUGUUGGUGGAGAAGUCCAGGGAUCUGCAGAAAGAAAUUAUUAUGCAGGGCAGGGGAACAUCAUCAUCAAAAGAUUUCUAUAAGAAAAACCACAGAUGGACAGAAGGUUUAUUGUCUGCUGCCAAAGCUGUGGGUUGGGGUGCAACUGCACUCCUGGACACAGCAGACAGGGUGGUGCAGGGUAAAGGCAAAUUUGAAGAACUGAUGGCAUGUGCACACGAGAUCGCCGCCAGCACCACACAGCUUGUGGUUGCUUCCAAGGUCAAAGCUGAUCGUGGCUCCAAGAACUUGGCAGCUUUGUCAUCUGCAUCCAAGAGUGUGAACACUUGCACUGGUUCUGUAGUGGCUUCUGCCAAGACUGGGGCACAGAUUGUGGAGGAUGCAGGGCUUAUGGACUUCAGCAACAUGUCUCUUCAUCAGACCAAGAAGAUGGAAAUGCAAACUCAGAUUCGUGUCAUGGAGCUUGAGACUGAGCUUGAGAGGGAGCGGAGACGACUGGGAGAACUCCGCAAGCAGCACUAUCAAAUGGGAGGCGAGGCUGAAGGCUGGGAAGUUGCACAAGAUGGAGAAGGAGUUGAACAAGACCCUCACGGCAUGUCCAGUGACAAGGACAAGGACUUGAAGAGAUAACUAGCUGGAUCUUUCAUAAUUGAUAUUCAAUGCUGGUCUGCAUUCCAGAUCACAUUUAGAAAUAUAUACUGAUCAACAAGUGGAACAAACAGGCAGGCAACAAACACCAGCAAGGAAUAUUACAUAUAACCUCACGCAUCCUAUGUAAGGAAAUCAUCAUGACACAAAUUCAAAGAAUAGAAUGCUGUUGACUAUAACAAAAGUUUUAUAGCAGUACUCACAACUUAUGGAAAUGGAUUCUUGGAUAAGUCAGUGCCGAUUGCAUGUGUGCCGCUCAAAUUCUCACUAUAAUUUUUUUUUUUAAAUUUUUGCAUUCAUUCCCAUAUUUGACUGAUUAAAUAAAUACAUUGAAAAAUUCUGACUUUACAUUCAUUUGACCAUGUCUCGCAAUAAGAGAAUAAUACUUAGAUAUUCCAUAGUUUUCACCCAUCAACUAAUGUUUCAAAAUCUCGUCUAUACUUAUUACCUUCAUUAGGUGAGGGUAGGGCUCAAUUUUGGGAUCAUGGCAAAGUACUUAUGUCUCACCAGUGCGAUGGUCAAACCCAAAUGCCUUACAAUAUCACAUCUGUUAGUACCUUUAGGUGAGAGCAUUUCUACCUUUGAGAUGCUUCCACCACAUUUGUGUAUUGUCUCUCUUGCAUACUCAUGCUGUUAACUAGCAAAUUAUUUCCUUUACAUACACAGAAUUUAAUGCAUUAGGGCACAGACACAUCCAUGAUGAAGGAAGAUUCACCUUUUUGUGCACAAAGAAAUAAAAAUAUUUUGUAACAGCCAGCCACCUAUACGAAGGAAGAUUCCACCUUGUUUCAGGCAAAUAGGCAUGCCUUUGAUUGAACUCAACCAAGUUGCUGAGCGCUUUUUGGUAGAUCCCUGUGAAGAAACACAUUUUGGUUGCUUUAUUGAUUUUUACUUUUCUUUUUGUUCUCCCAUUUGAUGUUUUUCUGUUUUGGAUUCAGUUUGAGAUGCCAGUACACAUUAGCAUGAAUGUGACAUAAAUUUGUUUCAUUUUGAGUAUUUGAUUUAUUUGAUCACCUAUGAGGUCAUUUUCUGUUUUCUGUAAUGAAGUAGGAAUUUAAAAAAAAUUAAUAAUAAUAGUAGUUCAUUGAAAUAUCUGCGUCUGCCACUAGAAAAGCCAUAAGUUUCAGAGAAAUGACAGAUGUAAAUAACUGUGCAAGAUGAAUAAAAAUCUGAAAUGGAGCGUGAAUAUAAAGCACACAGAACCAAAAGAGAGAAAUAAAGGAAGGAUAUUUUUGAGGGAAAUGGGGAAAUUCGUCAUUUCAUGAAAUGUAUUGAAGGGAGGUGGUGCACCGUUAGACCUGACAUGAUAAACAGAUUAAGCAAGAAGAUCUGAGCAUUGGGGUUUCCAGGUGAGACAGGCGUUAAUAGGCAAAAUCAAAAGAAACAGAACAAUGAAUCAGAACAGUGUAAAAACAGCUUACUGUGAACUUUUGUUUCUGAGAGUACAAAUAUGUUUUAUACUUUUUUCUUAAAUUAUUUCUUUAUUCAAUCAUGCAGUUGUAACUCUGUAUACAGUCAUGUAUAUACUGCUGCAUCUAGUCAGGUCUUCGCCAACAACUAGUAGUGGCAGGUCGGCUUAUCUGGUAGUCAGUGCUUGUUAAGGGAGGAAUGAUAGUCAUACACAGUUUGGAUCUUAGAGAGGGGCUCAGAAUAUAAUGUCUAUAAACAAAGAAGUGUGAAGAAAAGUACAUCUACUGUCGGGAUAGCAACUUCACAAGUGUGGCAAGAUGAACUGUUCUUGUGCUUGAAUUAAAAAUAUGAUCCACAGCAAGAUUUCAUUUGAUAUUUUUAGUUCAAUUCAACAACUCAAGUCAGUCUAGUUCUAAAUCAGCUUUUGCAAAAGGCAGUAUUUUAAGGGAUCUGCAGCUUUUCUUUGUAAUCAAGCAGAAAAGAUCGCUUUGAUAGAAAGAUUUAGUGAAAACACUCAUCACACUGCUUGUUUAGUUCUGUAAAGUUAGUUACAUGCUUUUUAGAUGCACACACCUCGUUAUACUAAAUGAUGAGUAAUGUAAUGUUUAUGGCAUGGCCAUGUUAGUUGCGGAACCUUCUAGACUAUAAUGUAUGCUUUUUUGCACUUGACUGCUGAUUGCGUCACCCACUAAAUUAAAAAAUCUACACAAGCUGCCUGGCUGCAUUAACUUAUAUUUGCAGUUCUGCAUUUCUUUUCAUGUGAGCAAUGAUAUAUCUUGAAAUGUUUGGUUGAAAUGUAGUCCCCAGAACAAGCAUGCGAUAAUUGCAAGUUGACAGAAACAUAUUAUGACUGCCACAAUAUAUCACAGAAGAAAAACAUCAAUUUUGAAAUGACUCAACAGGAUCUGGAGCAGUUAUUUUAUUUAAGGAUUAUAAAUUUAGACAGUUCUUAUGUUUUCUGUUUACUACUGUCAUUUUCAUGAAUACCUUAGUGUUAUAUUAUCAUAAAUACACUUCAGCUCUGUAAAAUUUUUCAUUUUUUUUUUUUUUUUUUUAGUUGCAUGAAUUUAUUUUGUAUAAACAUCUCAAAAACUUAAAUCAUUUUUUUGAAAAUGGAUGACAUCAACUUAUGGCAUAAAAUUGUGGUAGUUGUCAUAGUUAGACGAGUGUUUAGAGAUAUAGUUAAUAAUCUGAUGUCCAUUGUUUUUACCAGCAUCAUCAUGCUACCAUGUUUUGAGUUAUGUUUAAUAAUUUAAUGCCCAUUUUUUGCCAGCAUCAUGCUACCAUGUUUCAGCUUGUCACCAUGCUGUCAUGGGAAGGGCCGUGGGACUCAGACAUGUUAUAGUGAUGCUAAGUUGCCACUGAUUUGUGUCUGUGAAAAGAUGAUGCUAAUGUUGAAGGGCCUUUGCAACCAACAAGCACCUAAAGCAUCAGGUGAAAAAGUAUUCAAGGACAGAAGUAUUGUCAGCAUUUACUUAAAGCCGGCAUACUUGAAUUCCAUUGGUGUACUCCUGUAUGCAUUUCUUUAGGUUUGUGUGGCAGUCUGGGGCAUGUUAUCACCUGUACAUAUGUAUACGGAUUGUCCUUGUGGAAAUAAAUUUGAUGUGCAUUAGCACGGGCAGGUAACAUUAUGCAAAACUGUUGCAGCUAUGGAAUUUUGCUUUAUGUUACUGUUCUUAAAAUGUGAAAUCUAUUAAGAUGUAUAAAAUAUGAAUUUUAUAACAACUUGCUCUAAAUUUUGGGGGGCUCACAUAGCUACCUUUGUGGCCAAAGGGUGAAGGGUCAUCAUUUCAAUUAGAUCAAGUUUGAUCAGUUUUGAUUAUUGGGAAUAUUUGGUCUGUCGCACAUGCAGGUUUGUCUUUUGAAAAAAAAAAGUGGUCCGAUUGAAAAGAUUGAAGUGGACUCUAAAUUAUACAUUUUAUUGUUGUUCCUUUUGGACAAGCAAACCUUCUUUGCAAGAGUAAUGUUUUUGUUGCUUACAAUUUGUAGGGAUGCUCUGAGAUGGCACAACUGGGAAGAACAUUUUAAAGUGAAUAGCAGGGUUGAUGCAUAUGAAAUAAGUAAUGAUGAAACGAUGAUAAGUUGUUGAGUGAUUAUUCAAUCGAUGCAGGCAUGCUUUUAUAUUUUAAUUGUUUUAUUAGGCUGCCUUAUCGCAUUAGGCUGCCACACAAUUUCUUGCGUUCACAGCAAAACAGAAAUUGCUUAUUAUAGUUUGAUUUGGACAGACCAUUUGGUGAACUUCAGUUGCGGUAAAGCAUGAUUGUGAUUGUAAUUAGUUGUAGAAGACAAAAAGGUCAAUACUGAUUGAGAAAAGUUUUUUUCCUUUUUGUCUAAAACAAAUUAUUAGCUGUCUGGGUUUAAUUGCUAAAAGGACAGCUAUAAGGCUAAAGAUAAGCAAAAUUAGAGCUUUUUUUUUUCAUUGAAAUUAGGAAGUACAAUGUAUUAUUUUGUCAGAUGGAUAGUUAACCUCUGCACAAAUUGCUGGUAAUGAAACGGGAUUGUUCGUAAUCAUGAGAAAUGGACUUGUGAUUAGCAUGUUACAUUUCAACAAUUAUGAAAUUGCUUACAAGGAACAAAGAGGGCAGUCAGGCAGAAAAUGUAGCUGCUGUUGCUGUGAUUUGAUGUUUAACUUGAUAUUUAAAUUUCAUCUUGCUCUUCUUUGGUUUGCAUUACAUUUUUAGGAGAGGCAGUGUCAGACAUGUAUAUAGUUUUUAUCGCAGUUGUAGACCGCUUUCCACAAACACUUCUUUUAGUUCUGCUUACAACAUGUAGCAUAAGGCAGGUAUCACAGCUGUUAAUAUGUAGGAGGCUAGAUAGAAAUUGACAGAGACAAGAAUCUAGAUAAGUAUUUCUCAACAGAAAUUGAGGAAUUUAAUAGUUAGAGGGCUGUAUCAGAAGCAGUCAACAUAGAUUUUAAAGAAAGUGCUACAUGACGUGUAGGAUACAUAGUUACUGUGUUGUCGAUUUUUUUUCUUUCUGCGUCCGAUUUAGUUUUAAAUUGUCUUGUGCAUAUUAAAAACUAAAGAAAACAAUAACCAUGGUUUGUUUGCAUAUAGUUAAAAAACUAGAUACUUAUUUUCACAGUGCCAUUAAAAAUAUUCAUCAUGUUGAUGUGUGUGCAAGAGAGAAUAAAGAACUUAUAUAUACAUAUAUAAACAACCAUCCCUGGAUUCAGCUGGAGUAAAAUGGCUGAUGGUCAUGUAGAUCUGAUGUAGUGGAUUUAAAAGCUAAAUGUAUACUGUGAUUUGUGCUACUACUUUUACUAUUUAUUUUGCUUUUUUUGGAUUUAUCAUACUGAGUGGCUUUUAAAUAGCACUUCUGAAACUGAAGAAUAAAUUAUGAUAAAGUUGUGUGGCUAUUUCCUUACACUCUAGAACAGAGCUGUAAGUAGUGCACAUAGAGAUGCAUGUACCAAAUAAUGGUAGGUACUAGCAAGUUUUAUGGUCUUUCAGACUGAUGUGAAGAUAGUUAACUUACACGUGGCGACUCUUUCAAUACUCUCAAAUUUAAAACUAGUCAUUCAUCCUGGCAUAAUGCCCUCCAUUGAUUAUCCCAGCACAAUCUUGUCUAUUCGUUGUUGAGGGAACAAGUUGAGUUUUUAAAAAAUUAGUCUUAGCAUGCAUAAGUCUAAAAUACUUAAGCAGUUUUAUUUAAAAUAUUCACAAUGAAGUUGAAAUUUUCAUUUUUAACCAUUCACAUUCUUUGCUUGUCAGGGCAUACAGAGGUGUGGAGUGCCAGGGGUCGGGAGAGGGCUUAAAAGGAUGGCACAAGUUGCAUUGUUUUGUUGAAUUUUAGUUGAUGUCUCAGGAAGUACAUAAAGAUAUUUAUAUUCUCUUGAUAACAUUUAAGAUAUUAUUGAUAUUUUGUUCAAGAUCUAUUUGGUGUUGUGUACAGUCGCUGAAAACUUUUCUUUACAUUUUGUUCCAGUUUUAUGCAUUUUUGUGUUUUGUUAAGGCUGUUAGUUGGGGGGGCUUGGGAAAUCUGAAAUUAACUGGAAAAUGCCCCAUUUUGUUAAUCUAUCGUGAAUAAUCCUGUCCCCAGUUACUUGCAUGUUUGGAAUUUAUUCUGCCCACUGUGACAUUACAUGGUCAGUGUAUCUGAAAUUUUGUUACUGUCGGUAAAGGACAAUAGCCAGCACCAUGGUUUUCUUCUCUUUGGAGUUGGCUUUCAUUUUAAUUUGUUGUAAAUUUGACGUUACUUAUGUACAACUUGUGUGCCUAAGCCUUGUAAUUCUGGCAGAUAAUAAAAGGUGAUGAUCUCUGUAUUUAGGAAUCUUCCCUUUCCCUGAAGUGCAUGCCAUCAUGGAGAAUACAUGAAUGCCAGUCCGUCACUUAUCACAAGAGCUGAAGUAAAUCAAUGAUGUCAAUAAUCCGGGGUGUUUUUCUUGAUCAUGUGACUUUGAGAUAAUUAUACCCAAAACAAGCCUUAAUGUCUUAAUGAUCUGAAUUCAUGUACACUGCAUUGCAUGAAUAGCUUUCAGUAUUCACAAAUUGUGGUGUUUUUCGGGGGUUUUUUUUCUGUGCUACAUAUUCAUGGGUUGUACAAAUGCUGUACUUCAAAUAUGUUGGAUCUAUUUUACAUUUUGUUUAUAUGUGAAUCCUUAUUUAGGUAUUACAAGAACUGUAUUGCAUUUCAGCCCAUUAAACAGUUAAUGCAAGACUUA